CUGCCGCCAGGUCUGAUAAGUAAGCGGGGCCCACUGUGGAACCCAAGACGUGGACGACUGGACGGGGGGUAUCACACGCAAGAACCAGCUGUUGUUAUUCCCCCUCUAUCAUAUGCUGCUGGUCUGGUCGUUGAAUUUCUUUUGGCCAAGAUCUCCCUCCCUCUAAUCCCAGAUUGAGGGAUCUACAACUCCUCUUCUUUCUGUUUGACCAUAGACACAAUAGAAAGAGACAAUUUUGAAGAAGAACAAGAAGAAGCUCAGAGAGAUCUGGCAUUUUCACUUGUGAGACAAGACAGGUCAAUUGAGGAAUGAUACAAAGAUGGAGAGAAAAGGAAACUGGUUAUCUUCAGUAAAGAAAGCUUUCAGCCCCGAAUCCAAGGAAAAGAAAGCCCAGAAAUCUAAGAAGUCGAAGAAGAAAUGGUUUGGCAAGGGAAAAACUACUGUUCCCGAUUUCUCACCCGAAGAAACAGUCGCAUUGCCUCAUCGUUUUUCUCCACCCGAAGAGGUGACAUGGACCGAAGUGGAUACUGAACAAACGAAAGAAGAUUAUUCCUCAGAAGAUGACAUGGAAGAUGAGGGUAUCGUUGCAGAACCUCAAGCUGUUGAAGAGGUUGUUCAAGUCACUGCUGUAACUCAGUUCACGGGCAUAGUUGAUGAGGAAGCUUCAGCAAUCAAAAUUCAAAAAGCAUUCCGUGGAUACCAGGCAAGAAGGGGAUUGAGGGCUUUGAGAGGGCUCGUGCGGCUGAAAUCAUUGGUACAAGGGCCGCCUGCAAAACGUCAAACAGCACAUGCUUUAAGAUGCAUGCAGACUUUGGCUCGUGUGCAGUCUCAGAUCCAGUCUAGAAGGAUCAGAAUGUCGGAGGAGAAUCAGGCACUCCAGAGACAGCUCCUACAGAAACGUGCAAAGGAACUUGCAAAUUUGCAGAUUGGGGAGGAAUGGGAUGCCAGUCUACAGUCAAAAGAACAGAUUGAAGCAAACUUACUUAGCAAGUACGAGGCAGCCAUGAGAAGAGAGAGGGCAAUGGCUUAUUCAUUCUCUCAUCAGAAAACUCAGAAGAAGUCAACAAGACCAGUGACCCUAAUGUUCAUGGACCCCAACAAUCCUCACUGGGGUUGGAGUUGGUUAGAACGAUGGAUGGCAGAGAACCAAGGCACAUCCGAGAAAGAACUCCACAACGACCAGUCACCCACAAAGAAUCCAACACUCAACCUAUACGGAGGAGAAAUCACCAAGUCUUUUGUUCGUCAUCAACUAAAUUCCAAAAACCCUUCCCUGACUUCCAACCAAAAACCGACUCCUCCCAAUCACCAGUCCCCUGCGAUUCCCCCAUCAGUAACCAAAAAGAAGAAGGCAGAAAGCCCAAGAGAAAGCGUUUUCAGCCCAGAUAGCGAUGGAAAAAGCGUGUUUAGUGUGCAGACAGGGAAGAACAGGAGGCACAGCAUUAGUGGGCCAUCACCAGCAAGGGAUGAUGAGAGCCUCGGGAGCUCCCCAGGAGUUCCGAGUUAUAUGGCGCAUACUCAAUCAGCAAAAGCUAAGUUACGGAUGCAAAGCCCAUUGGGCUUGGAGAAUGGCACCACGCCACCAGAGAAGGGAUCAUCAGGUUCCUCAAAGAAACAGCUGUCGUAUCCUGCUUCUACGGCUAAGCCAAGGAGGCAUUCGGGUCCACCUAAGGUCGAAGUCAGCUCCCUUGAAGGACCCAGUGUGGGGAAUGGUGGGGCCCAGUUGAUUCUUUCUGAGCAAGAAGCAUAGGAGAAAACAAUGAGAAGAAUGAAGAUCGAAAAAUGGAAAAACCGAUAGUGAAUGCUAUGUUACCACUGUGUAUUUGGAUACGUUUCUGUGAAAUAUUUCCACAUCUGAGAGUGUUUCUGUUAAAUGAGAGGUCAUUUGAUUUGUGUAUUUACUUCCACGAAUGUUAAAUCAUCUGUAAGCCCAUUCUUAUUUGCUACGGGUUGUUGGUUUGGGGCUCAAA